GGGCGGGGCGGGGCGACUGUCAGCUGACUGAGGCGCAGAUUGCCUCGCGGGACAACGGUCAGCGACGCAGGUUGUGGUGGGGGCGGAAGAGCUCUCCCGGCGGGUCUCUGUGCGGUCGCUGAGGCACAGGGCCGCCGCAGCACCAUGGCGACCACCGUCAGCACGCAGCGCGGGCCGGUGUACAUUGGUGAACUCCCCCAGGACUUCCUUCGUAUAACGCCUACACAGCAGCAGCAGCAGAUCCAGCUGGAUGCCCAGGCAGCCCAGCAGCUGCAGUAUGGAGGAGCAGUUGGCACUGUGGGUCGCCUCAGCAUUACUGUAGUACAGGCAAAAUUGGCAAAGAAUUAUGGCAUGACUCGUAUGGACCCCUAUUGCCGUCUGCGUCUGGGCUAUGCUGUUUAUGAAACUCCCACAGCACAUAAUGGUGCUAAGAACCCUCGCUGGAACAAGGUCAUCCAGUGCACGGUGCCCCCAGGUGUGGACUCGUUCUACCUUGAGAUCUUCGAUGAGCGAGCCUUCUCCAUGGAUGACCGUAUAGCUUGGACCCACAUCACCAUCCCUGAGUCCCUGAAGCAAGGCCAAGUGGAGGAUGAGUGGUACAGCCUGAGUGGGAGGCAGGGUGAUGACAAGGAAGGCAUGAUCAACCUGGUCAUGUCCUACACGUCCCUCCCAGCUGCCAUGAUGAUGCCACCCCAGCCUGUGGUCCUAAUGCCAACUGUGUACCAGCAGGGUGUCGGCUAUGUGCCCAUUGCAGGGAUGCCUGCUGUUUGCAGCCCUGGCAUGGUACCUGUGGCCAUGCCCCCACCAGCUGUGGCUCCUCAGCCCCGCUGUAAUGAGGAGGACCUCAAGGCUAUCCAGGACAUGUUUCCCAACAUGGACAGGGAAGUAAUCCGCUCUGUGCUUGAAGCCCAGAGAGGGAACAAGGAUGCUGCCAUCAAUUCCUUGCUGCAAAUGGGUGAAGAAUCCUAGACCCAUCUGUGGCCCUUGGCUUCACACCACCGACCCUUGGACUUGCCCACCCAAGGCUCCCCAGGGUCACCAUCCCCAAAAGAUUCCAAUGAAAGACCAUCCGUGUACCCCUUCCUUGGACAUCUGUGCCGCCCUUUCCCACCUAUUUGGGGGAUGCAUGUGGGUUUUUGGUUCUAGGCAGGCAGUCCUCUUCAUUGUUGGUGGGGGAAAGCUCCCUCCUUGUCUCUAAUUGGGUGAUGGUGUCAUGGCCUUGUUACUGCACAGACCAGUGGUCCUGUUGUUUAGGGACCUACAUCUUCCUCCCUCACCCUGUUCUGGAAAGCAUUCUUACAAAAAGCAGCUGCCCCUGCCAGGACAUUAGAGUUUGUACACCAUCCUUCUUAAUCAAUGGAUGUCACGAAGUUAUUCAGCCUAACUGGGAUGGUUGUGGAAGGUGCACUGAGCUUGUGUGCACUUACUUGCAGGUUAUUUUUUGAACUCUCAAGUUAAAAGCUCCUUCCUUCUGAUGUCAUAUGUGAACCCAAGCCCUCUUCUACUCCUGGGCCUAUAAGAUAUGAUUCCCAGACAUAUCCAGUAGGUCUGACCUCUUGUCUAGCUUACCCAUCAGUGUCUGGCUAGGCCUCAGCCACAGGAAUCCAACGUGAACACAGAAGGUGUCCAGACCUGGUGCUUGGCUGGACAGGCCCCACCUUGGCCCUCACUGCUAGAGGCUGCUUUCCACCUCCUUCUGUUUUGUACUAGCAUUGUGGGAAUUACUCCAGGGGCUUUCUUCUUGAUAGGCCUACUUCACACAGCCCAGAGUCAACUGAAGGAGAGAGAUGGGCAGGUGUGGCGCUAUGUAUUUACUACUAAAAGGCAUUCGGGCAUUGUGACACUACUGACCUGCAGCAGACUCUGUUGACCCAUACUGUAGCUCAGCUUGAGUGAUAAAAAUCCCAUGCUUAAAUUAAACCUUCAUGGAGGUA